CAUAACUAUCAGCAGGCACGAGUGGCUCACCCACAGCGGCUAUAGCACUUCUCAGCGGCACCUGGCACACCCUGACCGACUUUCUAGCCAUUGUCAUUGCGACCACCACACACACCUAACACCAAACUUAAGAACGCUUUUGAGGUACGGAGAAAACAAACAGAAAAAAGUCACUCAUCACCGGCACAAAGAAAACUCUCCAAUCGUCUUCAACUCCUCCGCUGCGAAUAUGGCCGACAACGAAUCCAGCGAGUCGCAGAGACCCAAGUCGCUCCAACCCACCAAGACGCCUGAGCCACGAUUAGACCAGCAAAUGGUCACCGGCAGCACCCCCAGCAACACCCCCAGCACCCCGGGUGUUUUCCCUUCUUUCGACUGGGAAGAGUUCGAAGUCCGGUAUGAAAAGGCCCUUGCGGAGGCCGAUGGGAAGGAGAGAGAACUCUUGCUAGAGUUCGACAGUCUCGUGAAAUACUUCAACGUCUGGGCAUCCACUUCAAGUGCUCACGACAAUGAACGUGCAGUUAAGCGUCUCCACACGAGGCAGAGAUAUGUCAACUUGGCGGAGAAGAAUAUGGCUCAAAGGGAGGAGCACAUGACCGAAGUGCUCCGCGCUUUCCAAAGCGCUCUCGCCCUUCUAAGCCGGUCUUAG